AUGGACAGCAGCAUGGUCCCCGCCGACGCCGGCAACUGCUCCGACCCCUUCGCGCCGCCGUCCGGCUGCUCUCCAGCCCCGAGCCCCGGCUCCUGGGCCAACCUGUCCCGUUCCGAGAGCAACCUGUCCGACCCCUGCGGUCCCAACCGCACGGAGCUGGGCGCGGGCGACGGCCUGUGCUCCCCGGCCGGCAGCCCCUCCAUCGUCACGGCCAUCACCAUCAUGGCCCUCUACUCCAUCGUGUGCGUGGUGGGGCUCUUCGGAAACUUCCUGGUCAUGUAUGUGAUCAUCAGAUACACCAAGAUGAAGACAGCUACCAACAUCUAUAUCUUCAACCUUGCUCUGGCAGAUGCCUUGGCCACCAGCACCUUGCCGUUCCAAAGCGUCAACUACCUGAUGGGGACUUGGCCCUUUGGAACCAUCCUCUGCAAGAUCGUAAUCUCCAUUGACUACUACAACAUGUUCACCAGCAUCUUCACCCUCUGCACCAUGAGUGUGGAUCGCUACAUUGCUGUGUGCCAUCCAGUCAAGGCCCUGGAUUUCCGCACUCCCCGAAAUGCCAAGAUUGUCAAUAUCUGCAACUGGAUCCUGUCUUCUGCCAUCGGACUGCCUGUAAUGUUCAUGGCAACCACUAAAUACAGGCAUGGAUCCAUUGAUUGCACCCUCACCUUCUCCCAUCCAACCUGGUACUGGGAGAACCUGCUGAAGAUCUGCGUCUUCAUCUUCGCCUUCAUCAUGCCCGUCCUCAUCAUCACGGUGUGUUACGGACUGAUGAUCCUACGCCUCAAGAGUGUGCGCAUGCUCUCAGGCUCCAAAGAAAAGGACCGGAAUCUGCGAAGGAUCACCAGGAUGGUGCUGGUGGUGGUGGCUGUGUUCAUCGUCUGCUGGACGCCCAUCCACAUCUAUGUCAUCAUCAAAGCCUUGAUUACCAUCCCAGAAACGACUUUCCAGACGGUCUCCUGGCACUUCUGCAUAGCCCUAGGCUAUACCAACAGUUGCCUGAAUCCAGUCCUUUAUGCAUUCCUGGAUGAAAACUUCAAACGAUGCUUCCGAGAAUUCUGUAUCCCCACUUCCUCCACCAUUGAGCAACAAAACUCCACUCGCGUCCGUCAGAACACUCGGGACCACCCCUCAACUGCCAACACAGUGGACAGGACGAAACAUCAGAUCAAAGAUCCAAUGUCAACCCUCCCCAAGGUGUCUGUAUUCUGA